AAUGAACGGACAUUACAUUAUUAUUGCACUGUGUCUUCAUGCAGCUCUGACUUACGUAAACGGCCGUUACUGUAAAUGUCCAAAGAUUUACCGCCCAGUGUGUGGGAUGGAUAGUGUGACAUACCCAAACGAUUGUGAGAGAAAAUGUCGCGGCAUAAGCAAGCAGUCAAAUGGUCAAUGCCCUACCCCAUGUAUCUGCACGCUCGACUAUACGCCCGUGUGUGGAAACGACGAUGUAACAUAUGGCAACGACUGCCAAAGGGAAUGCAAAGGCGUUGCCAAAAAGCAUGACGGAGAAUGCGCCCCUGCAUGUGCUUGUCCUUUCAACUACGACCCUGUAUGUGGGAAUGAUGGCGUCACGUACCCGAAUAGCUGUGCUAUGGAAUGCGCCGGCGUAAGCAAGCAGUCAAAUGGUCAAUGCCCUACCCCAUGUAUCUGUACGCUCGACUAUACGCCCGUGUGUGGAAACGACGAUGUUACAUAUGGCAACGACUGCCAAAGGCAAUGCAAAGGUGUUGCCAAAAAGCAUGACGGAGAAUGCGCCCCUGCCUGUGCUUGUCCUUUCAACUACGACCCUGUAUGUGGAAAUGAUGGCGUCACGUAUCCAAAUAGCUGUGCUAUGGAAUGCGCCGGCAUAAGUAAGCAGUCAAAUGGUCAAUGCCCUACCCCAUGUAUCUGUACGCUCGAUUAUACGCCCGUGUGUGGAAACGACGAUGUGACAUAUGGCAACGACUGCCAAAGGCUAUGCAAAGGUGUUGCCAAAAAGCAUGACGGAGAAUGCGCCCCUGCCUGUGCUUGUCCUUUCAACUACGACCCUGUAUGUGGAAAUGAUGGCGUCACGUAUCCAAAUAGCUGUGCUAUGGAAUGCGCCGGCAUAAGCAAGCAGUCAAAUGGCAAAUGCCCUACCCCAUGUAUCUGUACGCUCGACUAUACGCCCGUGUGUGGAAACGACGAUGUGACAUAUGGCAACGACUGCCAAAGGCAAUGCAAAGGCGUUGCUAAAAAGCAUGACGGAGAAUGCGCCCCUGGCUGUGCUUGUCCUUUUAACUACGACCCUUUAUGUGGGAAUGAUGGCGUCACGUAUCCGAAUAGCUGUGCUAUGGAAUGCGCAGGGGUUGCCAAAAAGCAUGACGGAGAAUGCGUCCCUGGCUGUGCUUGUCCUUUUAACUACGACCCUGUAUGUGGGAAUGAUGACGUCACGUACCCGAAUAGCUGCCUUAUGGAAUGCGCAGGAGUGGCCCAGAAGCAUGUUGGCGAUUGUGCCCCAGGGUGGAUGAAGGGUUGGACAGCUGAAACCAUCAAAGUUUAAUGACGACGAUGAAACAAAUACUGUCGACUUAUUGGCAAAAUUAUUAGCUUGUCAUUGUAUUUUUCAUGAAAUAUUGAAUAUUGAUUAAAGUUAUAUUCUCGUUGGAUGAAAAUUCA